AUGGCCGAUGCAGGUGAAGAGGCACCACCAGAUCCGGCCUCGCCAUCCGUGUCCUCCAGCAUUGAUGAUUUGAUCAGUUAUGCGCGAAGCCAAAGCAGCAGCAGCAACAAGGAAGAAGAAUCACCGGAUUGGGCCAAAGAGGUCGAUACGCUGAAAAGAGGUGUAGUCUUGGUGGCCAAUCCAGCCUCGUUCUGUACCGACUUUGGAGGCAAAAAGUUUUCCCCCAAACCGACUCUGUUGUCCAAAUUCGGAUUGACAUUGCCUCCUCCCGUCGAUUUGGGACCUGACCGUAGGUCUGAUCUUUUGCCCGUACUCAUCUUGGUGGAUUGUCACGAGAAACGUGGUGUCAGGGCCGUGCUGUUGAAUCGAAGAACGGGGUAUUUGUUGGGAGAUCUUGAGCAGCCUCCAACCGAUGACAAUGAUUCGGCUUUGGGUCCGGCACCCAUACUAGAAAAGUUUUGUAUUCAACCACUGUGGUUUGGUGGCGUCGACAAUGUGUCAUCUGGUUUGGAUAUGCUGCAUCAAUGCCCAAUGGUACAGGGAGCCAAAAAAAUCACGGAGGAUGGCUUGUUCUGGGGUGGCGACCCUGCACAAGCUCAAGAUGCCAUGUCGGAUCCCAGCCUGGAUCGUGUCAUGACUGGCUUUGACUUUAAGUUCUUUGUGCAAAGCACAACCUGGACUACCAACGACAUCGAAAAAGAAAUCAAGUCUGGGACUUGGAUCAAGGCGCAAGUGUCCAAGGAAGUGCUUUUCAAAAGCCGAGAUAGAAUGGGCACCAGAAGAGCCAAACCGUUGUGGACAGAAAUAAUGGAACUGAUGGGUGGUGAGUAUGUUGAGCUCAAAGAAAGAUUCUAUGAUGAGCAAUAG